ACGCAGUGACGAAAUCGGCAAUGUUCUUCUUUGCGGCAACACUGCUACUGGUGAUUGCCGAAGUUUGCUACUUCGCUACACACGUUACCCGUCCAAAACCCAGACUCUGCGUAUUCGUCGCCGGGGUGGUUUUCAUAGUUUCCGGUCUCCUGAUGCUUGUUGGCAUGGUAAUGUACAUUUCCGUUUUUAAGGCUGAAGUGGGAAGCAAGCUCAGGGCAAGAUCCUCUUUUCAGGGACCACCUUUUAGCUACAAGUACGGUUUCUCAUUUUUACUUUACGUUAGUGGAUUUGUCACAACGGAAGUAGCUGGCACAUCGGCUAUUUUUUUAUACAUCUCCUGGCACCAGCGAGAGCUCGUGAAUGACAACUCGAGGCGUAAAAAUUAUGCGGGAGUUUAUCAUUUGGACAAUCAUCUUCAACAUGGUAAUUAUCAUAAUCAUGGGCAUGGUGGAUUUUUGUGCGAGAGACAUCAAAAGAGGUAUUUUUUUGGAAGAGAUUCCGUGGAUCAAGUUGAUUUUGAUGAAUUUCUCCCACCACCACCAAGUGUUGAUUAUCACGAAUACACCAGAAAUCUUCCUCGAGAUCUUACGACACAAACGGUCAGUACGACCGCUGAUGUAUUACAAGAGGAAUAUAGUCCAAGUGUUCAUCAUGAAUUUGUAACCUUCUCCCUCGAAGAACCUCUUCCGCCCAUGCCAGUCAGAUCGGAGUGGCCCCUUGACACUCUGAGAAGAACAACCCCCGUCUGAUAUAGUGUCAGAUACGCGAAGCUGAUUCAAGGCUUCGAGACAGACUCGAGCGACGAGCAAACCGAAUACGAAACUGAAAAUCAAAACGAAGAAAUUUCAGUUCAAGAAGAUAAUUACGAUUUUGAUUCAGAGGAAAAACAAAAACUCUGUGACCAGUGAAUCAGUGUAACAGAAUAUUAGAGACAAAAAAACUAGUUUCAAAUCUAAAAAACAGUGAUUCAAAACUCGUAUCGAGAUAAGGGAAGAAAAGACUGAUUUUUCAGGAAAGAAAAAAAAGAAUCCUCAAUAGAAAAAUCUUUAUAUUAUUUAAAUCGUUAAAAAAAAAAUCGAUUCGAAAAUCGAAUUUUUACCCAUUCAAGAAAAAAACGUG